UGGAGCAAGUAGGUGAUAUUAUUAAUUGGGCAAAUGACUUGCCUGAUUUCGAAGACGAAACAUCAUUGUUUGAAACAACUAUUGUUGCUGAUGAUUACAAUAAAUUGGAUAAUGACAAGAAAAUGAUAGUUACAGACUUAAGGAUCAUCAUUAGUAAGGAUAAAGAUAGUUAUGAAGAAGAAGACUCAUUCCUAAUAUCCAAACUUGAAUGGGUUGCUUAUUCAUCAAAGAAAGGCAAGAGUCUUCUCCUCUGUGCGAGAGAGAAAGGAACCUUCUACCUUUCAGUCAAGAGGAGAGAAGAGACCAUAGCUUUGCUAUAAGAAUUCUUUACUUCCGACUGAGCAAGGUGAACCCAUUAGAUGUCUACAGAAUCCCUAAGAAGGAUCUCUCUCAAUACGAAAUUGAUGAAGAAGACGUCAACAACAAUGAAUAUGAUCCUCCCAAGGAGAAAUAUCUCUACAUAAACUCGGAUAGUGACAACUCUAGUGAUGAGGACGAAGAAGAGGCAAAAGACAAAAUGGAAGAUACAGGCGUUGGUCUUGGAAACAAACUGUACCAACAACUCGGAGAAAAGUACAUGGAGAAAGAACAGAAAGAUCUCAGGAACCAAAAUAGUUCUUUAUUGUUUAGUAGAGCUAAUAGAAGAGAUAUUCGUGAAAAAUAUGCUAUUAAAAGAUUCAGAAUCCCAGAACACGGAAGCGGGUCCAUCCCUAAGCUGAGAGGAGAAAGAUAUAGAGAAGAAGUAAAGCCUGAGAUAGAAUCUGAAUCUGAUGAAGAACCUGAGCAAGUUAUUGACUCUAAUGAUUGCUCUGAUAGCUCUUCUGGAUCAAGUGAGAAUUCUGACUCUGAAGAGCCAACUCUAAAGGAUUUUGCUUUAAUUAAAAUGAUUAAUAAAGGAGGAUUUGGAAAAGUUUUCCUCGCAAAGAACACAAUUGAUGGGAAGUAUUAUGCAAUGAAAAGGAUCAGGAAGGAUCUCUUAAUAGAGACAAAGCAAGUGGACAAUACCUUAAAUGAAAAAGAGAUCCUGCUCAGUAAUAACAAUCCUUUCUUGCUUUCUAUGAACUACGUAUUUCAGAGUGAGUUCAGACUGUAUUUCUUCAUGCAGUAUGUCAAUGGAGGAAAUCUCUAUGAAAACAUGUUCAAAGUGAAAAGAUUCAAAGAGAAGCAAGUAAAGUUUUUCAUUUCACAGGUCAUCAUUGCUUUGGGAUAUUUGCAUAAAAACAAAGUAGUACACAGAGACAUUAAGCCUGAAAAUGUCAUUCUAAAAGAAAAUGGAUAUAUUGUCCUGGCAGAUUUCGGAUUAGCUAAGAUUCUAGAUUCAAAAAGUAAAAUAGCCAGGACUUGCUGAGGAACAGCGGAGUAUAUUGCCCCAGAAGUAUUUCAAGGAGCCAGACAAGGGUACACAGUUGAUUGGUGGACUGUUGGUAUUCUUGCUUACGAGCUUUUAUGUGGAAAGACCCCAUUCAAAGAUUCUAACAUGAAGAAGCAAAAGAAAUAAAAUUCUUUCUGGAAAAAUACCAUGGCCAGAUGCAACAAAGCAUGGAAUCUACAUGUCCCAAGACAUGAUGGAUUUCAUCAAAGCAUGACUCGAAAAAGAUCCAAGAAAGAGACUUGGAGCAAAGGGAACUUAUCAAUUAAUCAAGCAUUAUUGGUUCGAUGAUAUAGACUUCAAUGAGGUUCUCAAUCAGGAAAUGAAGGCUCCAUAUCUUCCAGAUGUUGAUAAUAUCGAUGAAGAAGAGGAAGAAAAUAGAUUAAACCACCACCAACUAUUGCUACAAAAGAAGAGAUCAAAGAACAACAAACAAGAUUUACUAGAAACCAUGCUUGACGAAUCAAGAAAAAGGAUGAUUCGAAACUUCCAAGACAAAUUCGAUGAUUUCUAAUAUAAGGAGUUGAGAGAGGA